ACUUGGAACAGGGGUGUUGAUUUCAGAGAGAGAGAGAGAGAGAGAGAGAGAGAGAGAGAGAGAGAGAGAGCGAGAGAGAGAAUGAAAGACUGUCACCUUCACUUUUGAUCUGCAAUACAUCCAGCUGCUUUCUCAAUCUCUUGGAUGUGCUCGGAGGACCUUGUAUAGCAGACUGAGAGCCUUUGAAUGUGAAAAUGACACGCUCCUUGCUACAGCUGCUCAUAGACGUUCUGACUGCGUGGCAGAUUCACCGAACUCGCCUGGUGACCAAAGAUGGCCACUGCAACAUUGAGUAUGCCAACGUGAGGUACAGCAACUUGUUGGCCUACAUGCUAGAUAUCUGGACAACGUUAGUGGAGAUCUCCUGGAGUUUUGUCAUGUUCUUAUUUGUGGCCUCCUUCCUCAUCACUUGGUUUGUGUUUGGCCUUCUCUGGUACUGGAUUGCCCGUGAUCAUGGUGACCUGUCGUGGCAAAACCCACCAGAUUUCCUAAAUGCAUGUGUAGUUAACGUCACUGGUCUUACCGCUGCCUUCCUCUACUCCUUGGAGACACAGACAUUUAUAGCCUAUGGUUGGCGAGCCAUCACUACUCUUUGCCCAGGUGCCAUCACUGUCUAUGUUAUCCAGGUUAUCUUUGGUACAGUCAUUAUCUGCUUUUGGGGUGGGGUGGUUACAGCAAAGAUCUCACUGCCCAGAAGAAGAGCCAAAGCCAUAGUGUUUAGCGAGAUGGCUGUCAUCUGCUGUAGACAAGAUGCUCUCUGUCUGAAGAUACGAGUGGCCAACAUGCGCAAAUCGCUGAUGAUUGGGACUCAAAUUUAUGGCAAGCUGAUCAAGACGACGGUCACACCUGAAGGGGAAACCAUCAUCAUGGACCAGGUCAACAUUGUUUUCAGAGUGGAAACUGGGAAAGACAACCUGUUCUUCAUCUCUCCAUUGACUCUGUACCAUGUGAUAGACAGGACGAGUCCCUUCUUUGAGAUGGCAGCGGACAAUCUGUACCAACAGGACUUUGAGCUUGUGGUGUUUCUGGACAGUGUUGCCACAUACACUAGCUUGUCUUGCCAGGUUAGGACUUCCUAUGUUCCUAAAGAGAUCAUGUGGGGUUACCAGUUCCUCCCCAUCAUCUCUCGCAGUAAAGAGGGCAAGUAUCGCGUGGAUUUCUCCAACUUCGCCAGAGUCGUGCCCGCAUCGACUGCACACUGUGCCUACUGCUUCCACAGUGAGAGAGAACAGCAUCACCACUCCAGACAUGGCACUGUCAAUGAGGGUUUUGAGAUGAUUGAAACCAGUGAUCAGUAGGGCUGGGUAUUAUGGGCCAGAAAGGUUUCAGUAUAGGGACCGAUAUAGGUACCUUAAAUUAACAAUGGUUAACUAAUAUUAAGUAAACAAGUAACAACUGCAUUCACUAAUAUUAUAUAUUGUAUAUGAAAAGGAAAACACUAACUUACAAUGGAAGUUAAUUUCUUUUGGCCUGUUUGUUGUGAAAUUUGAACACAAAGCAAAGAGUAACUGGAAUUUGAAAAAUGUCUAAAAAAUUGAGAUACAAAGAUUUUCCUUGACAUUGAUGAUAUAUAAAAUCACAAUUGCAUUCCAAAAAAUGCUAAAAAAAAAAUAACUCAAACACUUAAGUAUUAAUUUAAUAAUGUAAGUACAUGAUAAGUAUGUAUAUACACUGUAAAAAGU